AUGGAAGAGGUGAAUGGUAGCGAGGACGACAACAACAUCAACGACGAUAUAAUAGAUGAUGAUUAUGAUUCCUAUGAUGAAUUAUUUACACAACAUCUCGCGAACGAAGAGGUAGUGCGAAAUACGACCAAAGUCCAAACACCCUGGCGGGUGCAAUCACCCAAAGGAAGCACAAGUGUUGCGCGUAAAUCUACCAACACAGGCAAACGCUUCGUCCUACCAAUGGUCUCUGAUCAUAAAAGUAACGACUCCUCAUCAACCCCUCCUCAGGCCCAUAGGCUGCCUUGGGCGCAGCAGUAUUCCCCUAUGAAUCUAGAUGAGUUGGCGGUCCAUAAAAGAAAGGUCUCAGAUGUGCAAAGCUGGCUUCGCAACGCCUUUACAGGAUCUAGGGAACACAAACUACUUGUCCUCCGAGGUCCUGCGGGGAGCGGGAAAACAACUACAAUAAACAUAUUGUCCCAGACGCUAGGGUUUGAUAUACUCGAGUGGAGGAACCCUCCAGUCUCAGAGUUCGCUACAAAAGCAUAUGUAUCCGUUGCUGCUCAAUUUGAAGAAUUCCUAGGCCGCGGUGAUCAGUUUAGAAAGCUUGAUUUAGACGAGCUCACUGACUUUUCACAAGACUCUAAUCGCUAUGCUCACCAGAGGAUCAUUUUGAUUGAAGAGUUCCCAACUCUCUUACAUCGAGGCUCCUCUAGUUUGGCUGCAUUCAGGCUAUCUUUACAGCGAUAUCUUGCUAUGGAAGCUACAUUAUCCUCUCACAGAUUUAAUAAGAGUGGGGUCAAGGCCCAAGCCAGCUCUCCUAUUGUGAUUAUAGUGUCAGAAACCCAUCUCACAUCGGGGUUCUCGUCGGAAAGUUUAACAGUUCACCGGCUACUCGGGCCGGUACUUUUAAAUCACCCCGGCACAACCAUUGUUGAUUUCAACAGUAUCGCUCCAACUUUCAUGUAUAAAGCCAUGAAAUUGAUUUUGGAAAAGGAAGCACGCGAUUCCAGGCGCAAUAAGGACCCAGGCCCUGCCAUAUUGCAAAGCAUUGCUAGAUCAGGGGAUAUUCGAAGUGCAAUCGCCGCCCUAGAAUUUCUCUGCCUUGAUGUUGGGCGUUGGGGAAUUCCUGCUACAAGGGCAAAGAAAUCGUCUCGCAAUAACGUUAUCCUUACAUCCGCGGAGAAGGAGACACUGAAGCUAGUAACCCAAAGGGAGGGUAGCCUAGGAAUAUUUCAUGCUGUCGGGAAGGUUGUGUACAACAAGAGAGACGAUCCGGGUGUCGCAACCGAAGGCCCUAUACUACCAUCGCCUCCAGAGCAUAUGCGACAUCAUGACAGGCCGAAAGUGUCCCAGGUCCCUGUUAAUGAGCUCGUGGAUGAGACAGGGACUGAUAUCCAAACUUUCAUUAGUGCCCUGCAUGAAAAUUACGUACCAUCUUGCGAUGGUCCAUCAUUCGUGGAUUGUGUAGAUGCAUGUAUAGUCGCUCUAUCAGACAGUGAUAUGUUAUGUGUCGAUCACAAAGGUCCGUAUGGGAGUCAUACAAAUAGGAGCAGUGCCGGUGUUGAUGUCAUGCGGCAGGAAGACAUAAGUUACCAAGUUGCGGCUCGUGGCUUACUGUUUUCUCUUCCUUACCCAGUGAAAAGACGUAUAGCGACGUCAACUUAUGAAAACCGACCGAGCGAUACCCAUAAAUUGCUCUUUCCAAGCACGUUGCGGCUGAUGCAGGAAGCAGAGGAGAUUGGAGGCCUUACGAAUGUCUGGGUGAAAAAGCUGCUGAAUUCACUCCGCGGGACAUCGUCAGGCCCAGAUCCUGGCCUGUCCGCGUCGUUGUUUACAAGAUGCAAGCCAGAUCGUGUAGAAGAUUACCGCAAUGAUCAAGCGGGAAUUGUGACCAUGGUACCCCGUCAAGAUCUCAUUCAUCGUGGUGAUGUCGAGAUCGCCCAGCUUCGAAGGAUUACUGGAUUCCAUGGAGCUGGGUGCCCACACAAUUGCUUGGGAAAUAACCCUAAUGGAAAACGUCUAGGUAUGGCUUCUGCCAGCCACGAUACCUCUCAAACACUAUACUCAACAGAUCUCAAAAGAAACACUUUUGGGCCCCAGCUGCCACCUAGUUACGAGCAAGAGGACGAGCUGCUUAUCUUGAGCGAUGAUGAUAUUGUUGAUGAUCGUUUGACAGAGCGUGUUGAACCAAAGGAGCCACAUGCGAGCCUAGGUAGCAUAACCACUGCAGCGGUUUAUACUGCCCUUCCCGGCUGGACAACUAUAGCUUUGAUGAUCUCACUGAUUUUCGGUGGUUGCUGUGCCAAUUACAGGUCUUUGCCCUGGAAGCCAUUAUUAACUUUCUUUGUGACCGUCAACCUUCUAAACAACUGGGCUUUUGCAUACAAGAUCUCUGUCCCAUUACACAUUAUCUUAAGAUCCGGGGGCCCCGUCGCUUCCAUGAUCGUUGGGUAUGCAUUCAAUGCUAAGAAGUACUCACACGGACAAAUCUUUGCGGUAGCUAUGCUUACCAUAGGCGUCAUCGCUGCAGCGUUGGCUGAUGCUCGUACGAAAGGUGAAUCCGUAAGCGUCGGGUAUCACCAAAACGAUUCCACUAUGGCUAGUACACUGAUUGGGUUCAGUAUCCUUGCCCUAGCAAUGGUACUCUCGGCUUUCCAAGGGAUUUACGCGGAUCGACUCUAUGAGUCUUAUGGCAGAAACCAUUGGAGGGAGGCUCUCUUCUAUUCGCACGCUCUCUCUCUGCCCCUCUUCUUACCAACCUACACGCCCCUUUUGGCUCAAUGGCGAGCGUUGUUGUCUUCGCCUUCGUUACUCUCUGGAGUUUCUGCUAUUGCUGCAAGGAAAGGGUCCGUCCCAAAUCAUUCCCUACUACUCGGCACUGGCUUAGCUACUGCGUCAAGAACGGCUUUUGUGAAAUCUAUACCCAUGCCAAUCAUCAACACCACCACUCACCUGCUGGCAGAGCUUGAGCGCUUCAAAUCCUUUCAACUCAUCUUGACUUGUAUUCCAAUACAGGUUUUCUAUCUUCUAAUGAAUGCUCUUACACAAUAUCUGUGCAUUCGUGGGGUUCAUCUUCUUUCUGCGAAAUCAUCCUCACUGACAGUAACUAUUGUGCUCAACGUUCGCAAGCUCAUCUCACUGUUGCUAUCCAUCUACCUAUUCGGAAAUGAUCUUGCGCCAGGUGUGCUUAUGGGUGCUCUAUUCGUGUUCGUGGGAGGUGCUUUGUAUGGCUUUGAGGGCGCACGAUUGAGGAAAACAUAUAAAACAUCUAAGAAAGACUGA